AACCAGUCAAGAAUGCACCACGCACCCAGUGCAGUGCCGCCGACCACCGCCACCAGAAACACUCAAUGACAACAGAAAAAUCGAUCCCAUUCGCCACCGAGCCAAGCAACGACCAUCUCCCGCAAUCCCAUGGCACCAGACCUCAAGCCCAGAAAAACUGGGCAAAGAACCAGAGUGCGCACAGACCUAUCCCAAUGGCAGAUGAAACCCGACCCCCGACUUUGAUCCCAACCAGAUUUUCCCACAUCCCGACAAGCCCAGCCACCAUUCAUCACAUGUAGGCAACAACACCAAUAUGGUGAACCACCACACUGCUCCGUCUAAAAUCCUCUGUGGCACUCCCACCACCUCCAAGGACAACAAGAAAGGGGAAGAGAAGUAGGCUUAGGCCUACAUGCAUGUUUUCCCAUCAGCAAGAGUAGAAGAGAAUAAGUCAAGACUCCAGCCUAACGGCUACGUUUUCGAACCCUAGUCAUAUUGAUUUAGCUGAGCAAUACCCGUCGGCUGAGCUGUCGGCAAAAUUGGAGGACCUUUCCGAUCGGCAACUACAGCCACCGGAGAUUGAAGGACGGCAAGCCAACGCCGUCCACCGGCAGCAGUCGAAAAGGAACAUGGCUGCUACCUUCCGCAAACAACUAUUGGCAGACUGGUCUAGUCUUCCUCAUGUCAUUCUCUCAGACAUUCUGGAUAAGUUGUUGGAACCAAUUGACCAUGUUCGUUUUGCUGCCGUUUGCAAGGAAUGGCAUGCUCUCGCAACAGACUAUAACCACACAACCCAGCGUUGUUUUAAGGUGCAUCCCAUGCUUAUGAUCCCUUCAGAAUCCCAAGGAAAGCGAAAACUAUACAGCAUCUCUGAGCAAAAAGUCUACAACAACUUUGAGUUACCACAAGCUUGUAAUAGCACUAAGAGGUGUUGUGGCUCGAGCAAUGCUCCUGGUUGGUUGGUCGCAGUAGAUCUACUAGGCGAACAUCAACUCAGUACAACUCUUGUGAACGUGUUCAAAAGAGAAGUGACGCCCAUUUGUCUACCUCCAUUGCAUUUCAAUGCCCAGACUCAUUGGUUCAGGGUUUUCUCCCCAAAGGUUAUCUUAUCAGCUGAUCCAAUUGCGAAUCCAGACAAUUAUGUGGUUGUGGCAGUUUAUGAUAGAGUUUCAAGGUUCGCUUUCAUAAAAGGAGGACAAACAGUCUGGACUUACCUUGAGGUCCGCUCCUUCUUUACUGAUGCUAUAUUUUAUAAAAGAAAAGUCUAUGCUGUCGGACAAUGGGGACGGAUUACCUCGUUUGAUGUUAAUAGCAAGUCAGUAGAAGAAAAUUUACUUACACAUGGAGGAUAUCCGUUUUCAUGUUAUGCGCAUAAGGGGUAUCUUGUGGAAACAACCAAAGGAGACUUGUUGCAUGUUCGAAGAUUUUUGAAACAGAAGGAUGUACCACGAGAUCACUAUUUCCAUUAUGAGGAUAAUGAGUUCUGGACUGAGAGCUUCAAGGUUUACAAGGUGGUGUUUGAUGAGAGGGACGAAUCCAUUGUGGAGCAGGUUGAGUUAAAGAGUAUUGGAGAUGAGGCUUUGUUUGUUGGUGACAAUCACUCGAUGUGUGUUUUGGCUUCAAACUUUCCUGGGUGCCAGCCAAAUUCCAUAUACUACACAGACGAUUUGAUAGAACUUGGAGAAGUGCGAUUAGUUGAUGAUGGAUCAAUUGAUAUGGACGACAUCUUCAGUUUAGUCAAACUAGAGGAUGAAACCAUCUCUAAUGGACCAAGUGAUAUGGGCAUCUUCAAUUUAGAGGAUGGAAGCAUUACACAACAUUAUUCUCUAAAUCCUUGGCACAGGAACAUCCCACCUGCUAUCUGGAUCAUGCCAUUGUUUAAUGGAUUCGGCUAAUUUACAGUUCAUUUCACAAUCUGGAGCCAUAGUGUAUCUUCUCAUUCUGUUGUAACUUUCUAUAUUAUUCAUGUACAAGAUUAGAGUUGCCCACUAGUGAUUAGCAUGCUCAUACACUCGUUAUAUGAAGUGUUAAUAGAAAAUACAAAACUUCAUUUGAUUAGGUGCUGCAGGUGUGGAUUUUACUUGAUGAAAUCGAUUAGUUUAAAGGCCAAGUUUAGUAGAGGUUUCAGACCCUUUUUUUUUUUCUUUCUGUCUGGCACUUCAUAGAUGA